AUGGAGUUUCUACAGUUGUCAUUCCACAAUGAAUCUCUAUCAGAUUUGCAGGACCUAAAUUUUUACCAAUUUGCCAAUAAUAUUAGGCACAACAUCAAUUUCCCAAAGAUAGAGGUAGUUUUUAUCUGUUAUAUGAUCAACUCCGAACUCAAAACCAAAAUUAAUGAGAUUCUUUUUGGAACAGAUCCUGUUUUAAAAAGAUUUGAAAAUGGCCCCAAAGUUUAUACCACGUCGCAAAAUGAGUGGGAGCUUAUGAAAUGGAAUUAUUUUCCAGGAAAGGAAGCCUCACACCGAUUAACCGUUGUUUAUAGAGAAAAACAAGCUCUACUUAUGUUUAACGAAACAAGGAAAGAGUCUAAAAAAAAAACUGAAAAUAUGUUUCGUAAGUCUCACAAUUUGGGUGAAAUGUUAUCCGAAAUGUUCACCAUUGAAUCGGUCAGCAAGGAAAUCAAAAAUAUAAUGAAAACCCUCCGAGGUAUAAAGACACGAGAUUUAGGCAUCACAGCAACUUCAAGACAAAAUAUCUUAAAAAGAAUCGAAGAACUGAGUGAAAAUAUCAAGGUUGUAAAAAAUAUAAUCGUCCCUCUAGAGCAACAUUCGAAAAGCAAAGACUUCCUACUGGAUGACAUAUUAGAAUGUCAAUCCCAGCAACAGCAUUUGGAAGAAACAGUUACGCAUGAACAUUAA